AUGGGGAAGAUGCUUCCUAGCAUUAUCAAUUUAUCCCAGGCUACUUUUGUUCCAGGACAGGUUAUUCAUAACCAUAUCAUGCUUACCUAUGAACUUCUUAAGGGUUACACAAGAAAAGGAGGUACUCCUAGGGCUAUGAUCCAACUUGAUUUGCAGAAGGCCUGUGAUAUGGUGGAUUGGCAUGCGUUGGAGACUGUUUUAAGGGAGAUGGGAAUACGCAGCAGAUUUACUAGUUGGAUUAUGAAAAUGAAAUCUACUGUCGCAUAUAAUUUUACUGUUAAUAGAGAGCCCACCGCUGUUAUGCAGGCCAAAAGAGGUAUCAAGUAA